GGCGCAAUUUCUAAUUUUUUCCAUAUGGUGUGUCAUGUGUAGUGUACGUUGGGACAUUUUGUUACACUCAUAACACAAGGGUCAUGUAAUUCCUGGCAAUUUACGAAGGUAGCAGCUUUACAAGUUUCACUUGGGACGUUUUUAUCGAGACAAAUGAGCCAAACGUCUAUUCGUCUAAAUUCAGAUUGCAGUAUUGGCUUUAAAUGUUCCUGUAAAUCGGAAGUUGACGCUUCGCGGCCAAACUUACUCGCAGUGUGCGCUGUAUGCGUUCUUCCAGAAACCGAAUCCGGUGACACGCAAGCAAUGGAAAAAGUCUGUGGCGUCUAUGACUGCGGUUAUGUUACCUUCGACGAUAACCGUGAAGAUUGUAGUAACCACACGCAGCACGAAAUAGCGCAGACUGGGUAUGAUCUAGUACAUUUCACCAUAACGGGAACCUCUGCAAACAGUGGAUUCACAAACACCGAUUUUACGUUUUCCCUACGCGAUCAGAAAGGUCAUGUUAUCUGCCAUUUCCGCGCAAGGGAUAGAAUCACCCAUACGAUUUUAUCCGUAGCACUGCAGGAAGCGGAAAAGCAAGCGCAUCUGCUCAGAAGCCCCAAUCUUGUAUUCUCCGCCAAAAUCUUUGAAGGACUUAUCUUAAUGAAACCGCAGUACAUAGCACUGUUCAAGGACCGCAUGUUCGCGCAAGGACAUGGCAGUGCUGUAGCGAAAAAUCCCAAAAAGGAAGCAACCUUAUGUUGCUCCCUGGAUGAGUUAGAAAUUCGCCCUUAUGGAAAUGACGGACGCGGAGUAUUUCUUGAAAGAAAGCAAUUUUGGAAGAAGCGUACCAGCAUUUAUUUAUGGUUUAUCACGCCCGAGGAAAGGUCACACUUUUUUGCUUUAACUACUUUUCCCCAUCAACUGGACUCCGUUGCGGUUUUAUCCAACCAGUGCACGGGAGCAAACAUGAUGAAGGCAUUGAAUCAAGAAUGUAAUCAUCACCUAAUGAAAUUACCUGAAACUGAAAGUAAUAAGGACGCCCAGGAUAACAGAGCAAGCCAAAUGCACAGUGAAUCCCAUCAAAAAUUUGAAACCGGUGAUUACAGUAGUAUAGAAAAAAUUGUUUAGUCGGAUUAUGCAAUCCACAUCAUCGGUCAUUUUUUACCAACAGCAAUAGCUACUAAUAAUUUGUGAUUUUCCUCACUAAUAAUUUGUGAUUUUCUUCCAACUUUCCAGUGUUUUUAACAGAUUAAAGUUAUGAUAAAUUCAUAAAAACAUUACUAGCAAUUCUCUGAAGCGAGUGCGGUUCUAACUUUCUGUUCUACCUACUUAACGGAGUUUGCCCAAAUCUGUUAAAGAUGGAAACUGG